GGAAGGCGCUCAAGUUGCGCGGUCCUCGGUGCGCUGCUGGGGGCGCCCUCCGCGGCGGGCAGCGCGCCAGGGACCGGCCUCCGCAGCCGCCGGGCGCGCGAAGGCUACACUUUCCCUUCGGCCCCCCUCGUUUCCUCCCGCCGGGCGGCAGCGGAGAUUUCCUCUCGGGGAAACUACGCGGAUCCUUCCCGGGGCUUCUCGCCCCGCCCCACUUCUCCGCCCCCUCCCCUUUGCUGGGGAGCCGGUGCUGACCUGCGCUGGGAAGAGGCUCUGGCCGCCUGAGCCGGGAGGUGGCGGGGCGGGGGGUGGGGGGGGGCGCGGAGCCGCAGGCCAUCGACUCGCCCCGCCAUGUGACGCUGCCCUCCGUCCAGGGACCCCCGUCGCGCCCCGGGCCCGCGCCCGCGCUGGGUCGCGCCGGGCACCAUGCUUCUGCCUGGACACGCGCGCCCGCCGCCCGCCCCGCAGCCCGCGCAGCAUCCUGGACUCCGCAGGCAGGUAGAGCCUCUUGGGCAGCUUCUGCGCCUCUUCUACUGCGCGGUCCUGGUCUGUUCCAAAGAGAUCGCAGCGCUCACGGACUUCUCCGGUUAUCUAACCAAACUCCUGCAAAACCACACCGCCUAUGCCUGUGAUGGGGACCAUUUGAAUCUACAGUGCCCUCGGCAUUCUACGAUAAGUGUCCAAUCGGCAUUUUAUGGGCAAGAUUACCAAAUGUGUAGUGCCCAGCAGCCUGCCUCCCAGAGGGAAGACAGCGUAGCCUGUGUGGCACCCACCACAUUGCAGAAGGUGCUGGAUGAAUGCCAGAACCAGCGGGACUGCCACCUCCUGGUCAAUAGCCGUGUUUUUGGACCUGACCUUUGCCCAGGAAGCAGUAAAUACCUCCUGGUCUCCUUUAAAUGCCAGCCUAAUGAAUUAAAAAACAAAACCGUGUGUGAAGACCAAGAGCUGAAACUGCACUGCCACCCUUCAAAGUUUCUCAACAUCUACUCGGCAAGCUACGGCAGGAGGACCCAGGAGAGGGACAUCUGCUCCUCAGAAGCAGAGCGGCUUCCCCCCUUUGACUGCCUGUCUUAUUCGGCUUUGCAAGUAUUAUCCAGGAGGUGCUAUGGGAAGCAGAGAUGCAAAAUCAUGGUCAACAAUCACCAUUUCGGGAGCCCCUGUCUGCCAGGAGUGAAAAAAUACCUCACUGUCACCUAUGCAUGUGUUCCCAAGAACAUACUCACAGCGAUUGAUCCAGCCGUUGCUAAUCUAAAACCUUCUUUGAAGCAGAAGGAUGGUGAAUAUGGUAUAGACUUUGACCCAAGCAAACCGAGGGUUCUAAGGAAAGAUGGAGUUAUUGUUAGCAACUCUCUGGCAGCAUUUGCUUACAUUAGAGCCCACCCCGAGAGAGCUGCAUUGCUGUUCGUGUCCAGUGUUUGCAUCGGUCUGGCACUCACAUUGUGCGCCUUGGUCAUCCGAGUGUCCUGCACCAAGGACUUCAGGGAGCUGCAGCUGACGAGGGAGCACCUGGUGCCAGAAAGUGCCAAGGCUGAAGAAGACAGCGAGGAUGAAGAGGGGGAGGAGGACUCCUCUGACUCCGAUUUUCCAGGAGAACUGUCUGGGUUUUGUAGGACUUCGUAUCCUGUCUACAGUUCCAUAGAGGCUGCAGAGCUGGCAGAAAGAAUUGAGCGCAGGGAGCAAAUCAUCCAGGAAAUAUGGAUGAACAGUGGUUUGGACACUUCACUCCCAAGAAAUAUGGGCCAGUUCUACUGAGAAAGAGAUGCGUCUUCGUGCGAUCAUACUUUCUGAAGAGGGAAGGAUCCAAAAUGCCCCUCCAGUUCUGUUUCACUUGUACCUUCUAUGAAGGAGUAUUUGUCAGGUCAUCCAAUACUGGUGAAGCCAGAAGCUAUUAAAGGGACAUUUCAAACUGUUUACAGCGCAUUUCAAAAUAAAUUAGGAGGGAGGUCUUUGUUUUCUGUAUUUAUUUAAAUUCAUAACAUAGAGUGCACAUUUACUGAGUGCUUAUAAUGCCAUGAGCGUCUCUAGCUGCUUUUCAUGUAUUAAGUCAUUUAAUCCCCACAACUGCUUCAUGACAUAGUGCUAUGAUCCCCAUUUUACAGAUUAAACAGGAGGUCCCCUACAACCAUAAAAAAAUUGAACUGAUAUCCAAGACGGCAAGCUUGAAUCCAUCCACUAUGUGUUCACUGGCGGCGGAUUUUAAUCACUAACAUUACUUGUUUAGAACAGGGGUCAGCAAGGUUUUUCUUUAAGGGC